AUGCCCAUCUUCUACGGCAUCAUUGCUACUCACGACCAAGCCUCAUUCCAAGUGCGUUUGCAAGAUCCCCGUGUGCAGAGCAUUGUCGCUGACGUUUUGCAACAGCCACUCAGCUGCAUUUUCGCCAGGUGCUGGGGCAAAGUUCUUGGACUGUUUCUGAGGUGGCGUGAUGUUUACGAGAAGCCGCUAGCGCCUGUGGCCACAGUUGAAACUGUGCCACUUGCAGCAGCUGCGCUGCAGAGCCUGAGCGGAGAGGACCAGGAGCAGCUGCCGGCCGCGGUUCCUGAUGAAAAGGAACUGGAGGAGAAACGUGUUUCAGCCAAGCAGGCAGCAGUCGCGGCACUGGCGCGUGCGGAAGUGGCGCGGUACCUUCGCUUCAUCGUCGCUAAUCCGUCCGACCCGGCAGCGCUGAAGAGUGUAGUGGAGCCGCAGCUCAGCUGA